AUGCGACGGUGCUGGCUGAUUCUUGUUGCACUCUGUGUUCUCCUUAUUGUGGUGUUCUUCAAUGAGGUGAAGAAUGACGCCUGGACUAAAAAAUAUCUUAGAACUGAGAUAAACUGCUCCCAACUGCUAGAGUCGAGUUCUCCUCCAUUCCAAGCAUUUCUGAUCGACACAUAUAUCCUGGAAAACCUUGGAGAAAACAAAUGCCAAGCAAAACAAAAAAUUCGGCUCGCAAUUGAUGUGGGACUUUUGAAUUCAAUCGGCAAAGAAAACUACAAGGAAUACGACAUCAUAGGCUAUGAGAGACCUCUGCGUAAGGACUACUUCAUCGUUCACGACAACGAUACUAGAAUUAUACCACGAAUUUCCCUUGAUGUAAAAGGGAAUAUAUCUAUACCCCAUGACAGGAAAAGGUUUCUCGAAAUUUGGAAAAGAUCGAAAUUCGUUCGCUGUCUGGGAAUAAAUGUGGAGAGAACGUCAAAUACGCCUUAUCUCCCGGUGAACAAAACUAUCCGAACAAUGACGUCUUUAAUGAGUUAUCUCAUCUCUUUCGAUGUUUAUCCGUUCCUUUGUUUUGGAACUUUGUUAGGCUGGUAUCGGGAAUGCAACAUUAUUCCACAUACAAAGGACGUCGAUUUAGCUGCUCCAAUCGAACAAUACAAGCCAGAGCUUCUGAAAGAUAUUCUCAGUAAAAGGAAGUUCCUCCUCGAGCGAAAGCUUGGUAGAGUAAGUUUUUCACUAAAAUUAUGUAACAAUCAAUAA